UGUUGGCGUGUAUAUAAAAUAUUGCGCCGCAGGCUGUGGUGUCAGUUGCUGCAACAGAAGGAUAUCAUGAGGACUGCGGUCCUGUGGGGCCUGCUGGCCCUGCUGUGUCAGCACACACUGGUUAGCAGCCACAUACUGGGAAGGCCCUCCUCUACUGGGGAUCUGUCUCAACUCAAGUCUCUGCUGGAACGCUUUGAGGAGACCCUGGCUGAAGCGACCCAGGAGGAAGACCCUGAGGCAGAUUACGAAGGGACAAACCAGCAGCCUGAGAACAGCCAGGCCAGUCGGGGAUGGAGCCUGGAGCAGGAGGGGGACCAAGAACCUUCAAUAUCAGAGAGAACUCAACUGCCAGCUGAGGGCCACAGCAGGGCCGCGAGUCAGAGGAGCCGUCUGCAAGACCUGCUGUUGACCGCCAGGAAACGCACUUCUGGCUGCUUUGGGGCCAGGAUGGAUCGGAUAGGAAAUGCCAGUGGUCUGGGAUGCAACAAUGGAAGAGGAUAGCCUGACACUUUCCUGGGACACAUGCUGAAGGACACAUCCUUCGGAUUGCAUAUGUAUGGUUUUGCAUUAAUCACACUUAAACUAUGUGUGUAUCUUUCAUGUAUUUCUCUGAUUGAAGUGACAAAUGAGCUGCCUUUCAAGUAUGUCAUGAAUUUUGUUGAGUCCAUUAUAAAUAAUAUUCAAAGAAAAUGAAUGCUGUAAGGUGGGUUGCAAACAAACAAUUAAACUUGUUUUUUCAUAUGUA